AAGUAUGGAGAGGGAAUAAGCCAAUUUUAAAUCUCUGGGAGGAGUUGGGAAUGUGAUCUUGAGAUGUGAAAUUGAAGAUCAAAGGGGAGGCUUUAAUAGGAAGAAAGGGAAAGAACAAGCUACAGUGGGAACAGUUUUUUUUUGUGUGAGAGAAGGUGAGGAACACAGUUUGGUUCGGUUCGGUUCGGGUUGCUGCAUUCAAGUCCAGGGAAAGCGAGAGAGAGAGAGAGAGAGAGAGAGAGAGACAAAAAAAAGGGGGAUAAAUGUCUCGCUUUGGCAUUUACCUGGUGAGAAAUGUUACAGGCAAAAGGGACUUGAUGACUAGGGGUCGAACCUUGGCAUCUAACCUCAAGGCAGGAGAGCCAGAGCAGACAAAAGGUGUGGGGGAAUGUGAGAUGGUUUUGCAGAAUUCCUCAAGGCAGGGAGAAAGCGUGAAGACUUUAGCAGAAAUGCCUGGCCCCAGCACGAUGAACAACUUGAUAGAGUUCUUUUGGAGAGACGGAUUCAGCAGAAUCCAUGACAUUCAGCUCAAGCACACCCAGCAAUACGGCAAGAUCUUCAAGUCACGCUUUGGGCCCCAGUUUGUGGUGUCCAUUGCGGAUCAAGACAUGGUGGCCCAGGUCCUGCGGGCGGAGGGCAGGGCACCUCAGAGAGCCAACAUGGAGUCCUGGCAGGAGUACCGAGAGACACGAGGGAGGGCCACGGGACUGAUAUCUGCGGAAGGCGAGGAAUGGUUCAAAAUGCGUAGCACCCUGAAGCAGCAGAUCAUGAAGCCCACAGACGUGGCAGUGUACAGCAAAGGGAUGACUGACGUGGUGAGCGAUCUGAUCACCAGGAUGAAGGAGGUCAAGAGUCGGACCGGCCCCUUCCAAACCAUCAGCCAUGUCAACAAUCUCUUCUUCAGGUUUGCUAUGGAAGGUGUGGCCACCAUCCUUUUUGAAUCCCGUCUCGGCUGCCUGGAGAACGAGAUCCCCGAGGAGACGCAGGAGUACAUCAGGGCCCUGGAGCUGAUGUUCAGCAUGUUUAAGACCACCAUGUACGCGGGCACCAUUCCCAAGUGGCUCCGGCCCUUCAUUCCCAAACCCUGGGACGAGUUCUGCCGCUCCUGGGAUGGCCUCUUCCGCUUCAGUGAGAUCCAUGUGGACAGGAGGAUGAAGGAGAUCAAUGAGCAGCUGGAGAGAGGGGCUGAGGUCACGGGGGGCCUUCUGACCUGCCUCCUGGUCAACCAGCAAAUGGCGCUGCAGGAGAUCUACGCCAACAUGACGGAGAUGCUGCUGGCUGGGGUGGACACGACCUCCUUCACGCUGUCGUGGAGUGCUUACCUACUGGCUAAAAACCCUAACGUACAAAGUGCGGUCCACAAGGAGGUAGUCCGGAACCUCGGAGCACACACCAUCCCCACAUCCGAGGACUUGUCCAAACUGCCUCUGAUCCGUGGGGUGCUCAAAGAGACUCUGCGGAUGUUUCCAGUUCUCCCUGGUAAUGGGCGAGUGACACAGAAGGACAUGGUCGUGGGAGGUUACUUCAUUCCAAAGGGGACGCAGCUGGCUCUGUGCCAUUACUCCACCUCUCAUGACGACAAGGUCUUCGAGGGAGCUGGAGAGUUCCGUCCAGAACGUUGGCUUCGCAAGAGCCACACAGAGAGACUGGAGAACUUCAGCUCCAUCCCCUUCGGCUACGGGGUGCGGAGCUGUGUGGGGAAGAGGAUCGCAGAACUGGAGAUUCACCUCGCUCUCAUCCAGCUUCUGCAGGCCUUUGAGAUCAAGCUGGACCCCACAACCGGGACCGUCCACGCCAAGACUCACGGCCUCCUGACGCCGGGAAAACCCAUCAAUCUGCAGUUCGUGGACAGGAAGUGAGUGAGUCGGCGAUCGAAAGCCCCAGACAGGCAACCCGGGAGCACGCCCACACCUCAGCCAGAACCAGGCUCGGCCUUUCGCUUGGCUUAUGGGUUCGAAAACCCACCUUUAGUGAGGGCUGUCGUAGGAAGAUGGCCCUCUCCACUCAGUUAGUUAGCGAGCGGAGAGACACAAUCCUGGCCUUCCGGGGCUGGGUAGAGAGUUCAUUCACAGAGGGGAAAACAUUGACAACUCGGGAGUUGCAGUUUUUAGACGCAUCCCUCCACCUCCUGCCUGAUCUCAACCCCCAGCUCGGAUCCAAACCCUUGACUGCCCAGCGCCUU